AUGAUGGAACGGAUAGGACGAUGGGCAUGGAGAGACGAAUGGCGACGGAUCGCUUUUAUGGUUCUUUUGAUGCUGUUUUGGACCAGAGUUUCUGCACAGAUCAGAUAUUCCAUCAGUGAGGAAGUUAAAGAAGGAACUGUUGUUGGUAAUAUUGCCAAAGACUUGGGAUUAGAUAAGAACACACUGAAAGAGAGAAGAUAUCGUAUUGUGGCGGGCUCAACGGAGUCCCUUUUUCAGGUAAACCAGGACGAUGGCAUGCUGUAUACUAAAAGAAAAAUUGACCGAGAGGAGGUUUGUGAGCGCAGCAGCGUGUGCUUGAUUAACCUAAAAACUGUUCUGGAAAACCCCCUUGAAAUUCAUUAUGUGGCUGUGGAAGUUCUGGAUAUAAAUGAUCACUCGCCCAGCUUCUCGGAGAAAGAGUCACGUUUAGAGAUCUCAGAGUCAGCUUUACCAGGCUUACGCAUUCAACUGCAAGCAGCCCACGACCCUGAUGUUGGUCAGUUUUCAGUUCAAGAAUAUAAACUUAGUCAAAAUGAUCAUUUCCGUUUGGAAAUUAAAGAUCGAGGAAAAGAUGCUAAAAUACCAGUUUUAACAGUAUUGAAGCCGCUAGACAGGGAAACGCAAGAAAGUCAUAGGUUCCUUCUUACUGCCAUUGAUGGAGGGAAACCGAGUAGAUCAGGAACAGUAGAAAUUAUCGCUGACAUUUUAGAUGUUAAUGACAAUAUGCCAGUUUUCACCAAAAAUACUUACUCAGUGCGUUUGGAUGAAAAUUCUAUCAUUGGCACAACAGUUAUCCAAGUGAAUGCUACAGAUUUAGACGAAGGGUCCAAUGGUGAAAUUACGUAUUCAUUUGGUAAUAAUGUGAACAGCAGAAUCAGUCAACUUUUUCGUGUAGAUCCAAAUACUGGUGAAAUUAUUGUUCAAGGUGUAAUCGAUUUCGAAGUGGAGGAAAGUUAUGAAAUCGAUGUACAAGCAUCAGAUAAAGGACCAGCUCCAUUCAAGACGGACAAAAGUGUUUUCGUUAAUAUUGUUGACUUGAAUGAUAACGAUCCGGAGAUAGAGAUUACGUCAUUUUCAAAUGCAAUUCCAGAAAAUUCAAGGCUGGGGACCACAGUUGCAUUAAUUAGCGUUCAUGAUAAAGACUCUGGUCUGAAUGGGAAAGUCACUUGUGCUUUGAGAGAAGAUGUUCCUUUCACGUUAUCACCUUCAGGACAAGAAAACAUGUAUUCUUUAGUCACAAAAAUUCUACUGGACAGAGAAAAGGAAUCCGCAUACGAUGUUACAAUAGUUGCUAAGGACGCAGGUGUGCCAUCGUUGUCCUCUCAAAAAGCGAUCAGCAUUGUCAUUUCAGAUGUAAAUGAUAAUAGUCCGGAGUUUUCACUGAGCCCCUACACAUUUUAUGUAGUUGAGAACAAUUCCCCAGGAGUCGUACUAUUUUCAGUGACGGCAUCUGACCGGGAUGAGGGCGACAAUUCACGCAUUUCAUAUCAUAUCAUGAAUAAUCGGAGUGGAGAUAAGCCUUCAUUAUUGCUUAAUAUCAACUCUGAAAAUGGAGAUAUUAUGGCUUUAAGUAAGUUUGACUUCGAAAAAAUGAAAACUUUCCAGUUCCAAGUUGUUGCCACAGACUCUGGAACUCCAUCACUGAGCAGCAACGUCACAGUGAACGUGUUCAUUCUGGAUCAGAACGACAACUCUCCAGUCAUCUUGUAUCCAGUGAGCGCAAACGGCUCUGCUGAAGGUGUGGAGGAGAUUCCCCGCAAUGUGAACGCAGGCCACCUGGUGACUAAAGUGAGAGCUUAUGAUCCAGAUAUAGGAUAUAACGGCUGGUUGUUGUUUUCACUGCAGGAAGUGAGAGACCACAGUCUGUUUGGUUUGGACCGCUAUACAGGACAGCUAAGAACACUUCGCUCAUUCACAGAGACAGACGAAGCUGAGCAUAAACUGGUCAUACUGGUGAAAGACAAUGGGAACGUUUCCCUGUCAGCAACAGCCACUGUGAUUGUCAAGGCUGUGGAGCCUAAAGAGGCUUUUGCAGCUGCUGAUGUCAAAAGUGCAGCCAACCAUGUGGAGGAGGACAAUGUUACAUUUUAUUUGAUAAUAACUUUGGGCGCAGUUUCAUCACUUUUUCUCAUCAGUAUCAUCGUGUUGAUUGUCAUGCAGUGCUCUAGAUCCACAGACUAUUCCUCCAAAUACUUGCAAGACACAAAUUAUGACGGGACACUGUGCCACAGCAUCCAGUACAGAUCUGGAGACAAACGGUACAUGUUAGUUGGACCCAGAAUGAGUAUAGGAUCUACUAUAGUUCCCGGUAGCAAUGCGAAUACUCUCGUUCUUCCGCACAGGAGGCAGACAUCUGGAGAGGUAAGAAUGUAUAAAUGA